CCGGGCCGCCGGAAAAAGUAGUUCCCCAGGGCCAGAAAGGGGCUGAACCUCCGGAAGCCGCAGAUCAAGAGCGCUAGCUGCGCCUCUCGGUGCAGGGCCGAGGACUCGCGCCAUGGCCGGGCUGGAGCUCCUGUCGGAUCAGGGUUACCGGAUAGACGGGCGGCGCGCCGGGGAGCUGCGCAAGAUCCAGGCGAGGAUGGGCGUGUUUGCGCAGGCCGACGGCUCGGCUUAUAUCGAGCAGGGCAACACCAAGGCGCUGGCGGUGGUCUACGGGCCGCACGAGAUCCGGGGCUCCAGAUCUCGAGCCCUGCCUGACCGGGCCUUGGUGAACUGUCAGUACAGUUCAGCGACCUUCAGCACAGGCGAGCGCAAGCGCCGGCCACAUGGUGACCGUAAGUCCUGCGAGAUGGGGCUACAGCUACGCCAGACCUUUGAGGCAGCCAUACUCACACAGCUGCACCCACGCUCCCAGAUUGACAUCUAUGUGCAGGUAUUGCAGGCAGAUGGUGGGACCUACGCAGCUUGUGUGAAUGCAGCUACACUGGCAGUUAUGGAUGCCGGGAUACCCAUGCGGGACUUUGUAUGUGCGUGCUCAGCUGGCUUUGUGGAUGGCACAGCCCUAGCAGACCUCAGCCAUGUGGAGGAAGCAGCUGGGGGCCCCCAGCUAGCCCUAGCCCUGCUUCCAGCCUCAGGCCAGAUUGCACUGCUUGAGAUGGAUGCCAGGCUGCAUGAAGAUCACCUGGAACAGGUGCUAGAGGCUGCUGCUCAGGCAGCCCGAGAUGUGCACACCCUGCUGGACCGUGUAGUCCGGCAGCAUGUACGUGAGGCCUCUAUUUUGCUCGGGGACUGAGUGCCAACCACCCAUAUCCAGAAUAAAGGCCUGCUCUCUGCUCAA